AUGGAGCAGCAAGUUCUUCAAUUGCUCCAAGCCACUAUCCGGCCAGACACUACCGUCAUCAGAAACGCCGAGCAAGGGCUUCUUCGCCUCUACCCUCAGCCUGAAUUUCCCUUUGCUCUCCUAACCAUCGCCAGUCACAACGACAUUGAAUCGAGUUCUCGCAAGGCUGCGUUGACCGCUCUUAAGAACUACAUUCUCGCCACUUGGUCACCUCAGUUUGACGAGACAUUCACAGGCAGUGUUUACUUGAACGAUGGAGCUAAAGCAAAGGUUCGGGAUCAAGUGUUCGGCAUCUGCACCGCCGAGGGCGACCAAGCCCCAAAAGACCAAACCAUUCAAGCACUGGCCGCCGGAGUUGCGAGUAGGAUUGCGACUGUUGACUUUCCUGAUGCAUGGCCGUCGCUGUUCCCCUCGCUUCUGACUAUACUAAACACGUCCACGAACGAUGCACCUAUCCAUGGCGCUUUACGCGUGCUUGCAGAAUUAAUCGACUCGGGCCUGACAGAAGAGCAAUUCUUUGUGGUCGCCCGCGACUUGGUGGACGCAUUACAACAUGUGGUAGUUGAUAGCAGCCGCAGCCUGAUUGUCCGGGCCAUGACUCUGAAUGUCUUCCGAGGGUGUUUUGAAAUGCUGGAAAUGGUGAUAGGUGAUCAUGGAGCUGCAGUGAGGGCUUUCUUAGACGAGUCUAUGAAGGUUUGGAUGCCCUUCUUCAUGGAGACACUGAGACAGCCAUUGUCACAAUCUACUGAAUCUGCCCUAUUUCAAAAUGAUGUCCAUUGGCGGGGUCUGGUGGCAUUGAAGGUUCAAGUUGUCAAGACACUUGACAAACUCAGACAGGUCUAUGUUCACGCCAUUUCGCCUCAUGCCGUCGUUUUGUUCCAGAUCGUAUGGGAAGAAUUGGCAAGGAUCGCCACUCCAUACGCAGAACUGUUCAUCGAAGGCAGUGCGGAAGGCAAGUUGGUCGAUAGUGACAACCUACCCUGUAGCUUGGAUGCUCUGGUGUUGGAAGCGAUCGAUUUCCUUCAGAUAACCAUAAAGGCGCCACCGGUGCGUGCCGAGCUCUCUGCUCAGAUGAAGCAGCUAGGUGAUGCCCAGCACACAGUCUCAUGGCUCCAAGAGUUGAUACGGGUUCUGGUCUUGUACGCAAGAAUCCCGCAGGAGGAAGAAACCCUCUGGGAGUACGAUCCGAACCUCUACCUGUGUGAAGCAACCUCCCUUACUGCGAAUUACACUCCAAGGGCUGCCUGUGCCGAGUUGGUGGUCCGGAGCCUGGGAGAGUGGUUGAAACAGGUACCGAUCGUGGCCUUGCUUCAUUUUGACCAACACACACUCGAUGCCCAGACGAGUGGUUGGAAAGAGCGUGAGGCGCUCCACUAUCUCCUCAACCAGUGCUUGAGAGAUGUGGAUGAUAUCUCUGGGAAGUUGGAUCCCUCGACUGCCUCGGCCGUCCUCGAACAAGUUUCCGGCGCACUGCAGGAUUCGCAAUGCUUCAUGCGGGCCGCUGCGCACCUGGUUCUGGCUGGUCUCUUCAAAGUUGCCGGCGAUGGAUUCUUCUCAGCUGGAGCCGCAUCUUUUUCGAACGUCAUUGUUGCCUCCACCACCGACUCUGACGACGUCGUCAAAGUGGCAUGCCUCAGCAUUAUUCCCGACUAUAUCCAGACUCUGCCUCAAGAUGUCACCCGUCCCAUGCAGGGUGCCAUCUUCAACGCCAUCAACGAAUUCAUGUCUUCGCAUGAUCUCCGAGACGAACUAGACGAUGCUGAUGAUGUCAAAGCUGCCUUGAUCCAGACCCUACGCGACACGAUAAUGCUUGACACCAGCAGCAUCACUGACGGCAACGCGAUCGAUUUAUUCUUCACCCUCGCCUCCGACGGCGCCGCCAAUUUUCAAUUGUUUACUCUACUGACUGAAGCCUUCGAAGGUAUCGUGUCUUCGGUCGUGUCACACGGUCCAGAUCACUAUGUACGUCUUUGCGCGAAGACGGUCCCCUCACUUACCGGGGCGUUCGACGUCGCCAGUAUGACACAGGAAUCCGCUUUGACGAACCUUGCUGCCGAGCUUGUCAAUGCACUCGCCGAAUUCGGCUCCGAGCCCCUACCCGACGGCUUCGUCUCCGCCGUUAUGCCUAAGCUCCAGCGUGUGCUCAUGGAGGCGACCGAAGCCGAGCUUGUUCGUCCCGCCACGCUGGCGGUGGAACAUAUGCUCAGUAAAGGCGCGUCGCAGUUUUUGGCUUGGACGGACGCUGAGGGGAAGUCGUCCAUUGAAGUGACAUUGAUCAUUGUCAACCGACUUCUCAACUCGCCUGAUGUCGAUGAGAAUGCCGGUCAAGAAGUUGGUGGACUGGCGUCGACGCUGGUUUCCAAAUUCGGUGCGGACAAACUUGGGCCUUACCUGAUGGACCUUUUACGGGCUGUGGCUGUCCGACUCGCCACUGCCGACCGGAUACAAUUUAUCCAGAGCCUAUGCAUGGUGUUUGUGGGACUUUCACUCGCUGCACCCAAAGAAGUGGUGGAUUUCUUGUCGGAAGUCAACAUCAACGGCACCAAUGGGCUCACCGUAGUCCUGACGAAAUGGCUCGAGAAUGCUGUGCAUUUCGCAGGCUUUGACGAAGUGAGGCACAAUGUCGUCGCCCUGUCUAAGAUUUUCUCAUUGCACGACCCUCGUAUCAAGGCUGUGCAUGUCAAGGGUGAUUUGAUCGUCGACGCCAACCCGUCGGGCCGCAUCAAGACGCGCUCGCAGGCCAAGCUCAACCCCGAUCGCUGGACGUCGGUGCCUGCCGACCUGAAAAUCCUCAAGAUCUUGGUCGAUGAGCUUGCGUCCGCUGCCACUUCGCAGUUCCCAGACUUCGCUGCGGCACAGGCGGCUGCGGACGCACUGGACGAGGCGGACGAGAAUGCCGAGGAUGCGGAUGAGUGGGAGGACGUUGGCACCGCCGGCGCAAUCGACCUUGCCAGUGCUACCGUCCGGGGAGAUCUGAUGGCGCUGGUCGGCGAGGGAGGGUUCGGCGCCGAUGGAGCUGCGAGCCCCACUGGCUCAAGGGCCAGGGAUGAAGAGACGGCAGAGUAUCUACUGCAAUGGUUCAAAACCGAGGCUGAGAAGGAAGACUUUGCAGCCCUUUUUGGACAGUUGUCUGACGAGGAGAAGGGGAAGUUACAGCAGCUAGUUGCUUACUGA